AUGUCAACUAAGGUAGUUCCAGCAUAUCAUGCAGGAUCGUGGUAUCCAAUUGGACAAGAACUUAAAGAAAUGCUUGACGAAUCAUUUUCAAAUGCAAAUGUUAGCCAAGAUAAGAAAGGUAUCGUCAAAGCAAUUAUUGCACCACAUGCAGGCUACGUUUAUAGUGUUGCAACAGCUUCAUAUGCUUAUAAAGCAAUUGAUCCUUCUAAUUUUGAUAGAGUUGUUAUUUUAGGGCCCUCACAUAGAAUUUAUGUCAAAAAAUGUACAAUUGCUGCAGCUGAUGGCUGCGAAACUCCAUAUGGAACAGUUCCAAUUGAUAGAAAAGCUGCAGACGAGCUUUUACAGAAAUAUCCUGAUUCAUUCCAAGUUUUAUCUAUCGAUCAGUCAGCAAAAGAACACUCUCUUGAGAUGCAGCUUCCAUUGUUGAAAUAUGUUUUCGGAGAUAAACCAUUCAGCGUCAUUCCAAUCAUGAUUGGAGACCUCAAAGAAGCUCAGCACAAGCAGGUUGUUGAAGCUCUCACACCAAUUAUUUCCGAUCCAAAGACGCUACUUGUUAUUUCAUCUGACUUCUGUCAUUGGGGCAAUAAUUUUGAUUAUUUCUACCUUCCAAAGGAAAUCGAGAAAUCAGAACCUGUUUACAAGAGAAUCGAGAGACUUGAUAAAAUGGCAUGGGAAUACGUAAAGGAUCAUGAUCCAAAAGGAUUUACAAAAUACAUUUCUGAAACUGAAAAUACAAUAUGUGGCUAUGUUCCAAUUACAAUGGCCAUGGAAAUUCUCGUUAAUUACGAUGCUGAAUUCCCUCAUUAUUCUCAAUCAAGCCAUGCAAAGAGCAAACAUGAUUCAAGCGUUUCAUAUUCAGCUGGCAUAUUAAGAAUUUAA